AUGCCUUCGCCAGUGGAGGGUAGCACAGGAGGAGCUGCCACGAGUGGUGGAUCCAGUGUGCCUGUAACGAGCGGGAUUCCGAAGGGUGUGAUUAUACGCGAUAUACAGGAACUGCAGCGGAAGAAGCAGGCGAUGAGAGCAGCAGGGCGCGAUACAGUGCAGGUGAUAGCGGAUUUCGACCGCACGCUCACCAAGUUCACAGUGAACGGGAAGCCGGGCCAGAGCUGCCACAUGCUGCUGAAUCUGCGGCACCCCGAGUUGGAGGAGCGCGGCAGGCGGCUGACAGCCAAGUACCUGCCCAUGGAGACGGACCCGCACUUGCCAUACGAGGAGAAGUUCCGGUGCAUGGUGGAGUGGUGGAUGGCCGCACACGAGUUGCUGCUGGAGAGUGGAAUCACCCGCGCUGACGUCACUCAGAGUGUGGCCGCUGCCAACACUGCCUUUCGCGACGGCUUCUGCGACAUGCUUGCACUGCUGGAGGCCCACGGCGUGCCGCUGCUCAUCUUCUCUGCUGGCCUGGCUGACGUCAUAGAGGAGCUGCUGCACCAGCAGCUUCCUCGCUCCUUCUCCAACGUGCGAGUCGUGUCCAACCGAAUGCAGUUUGAUGAAUCUGGACGCCUUAUCGCCUUCCCCGGGCGCAUCAUCCAUGUGUUAAACAAAAACGAGCAUGCUUUGGAGCUAGCAGCCAUGGAGGAGGCCACUGCACCUUCUGAUUCCCACGCUCACGGCGAUGGCAAGGGCACCACCACAGCUGCACACACAAACCCAGCGACCGCCAUCGAGGUUUUGACAAUGGCUCCGCAGUGUGCUGCUCGGGAUGCUGGUGCCGACACUGCCACGCCGGUACAAUCACAGCAGCAGAGGAGGUGGCAGAGGUGCGGAGCAGGAUGA